AUGUUCGGAGGAAGAUCUGUAAUUGUUUUCUUUAGCUCGAUUUCUUUAUCGAGACAGCCGUAUCAACCGUGUUUGCUGUUGAAAUGGCCAUCGGUUUCCAUUCUUCUUGAUUGUGCACUCGAUUUGAGCUCUUUGGCGUCGUAUUUACCCGAAACAUUCAAAAGUGCUCGUUUCUCGAAAUUGGCUCAUGAUCAUCCGCUUUCAUCAAUCAAAAAUCUUAAAAGAUGUGGUGAACACAUUUUCAUUGAUGGCCCUCUUGAAGUCCAUUCGAUGCCGUUACAUUGUAUUUCGAUGGAAUCGGUCGAUGCUAUUCUCAUCUCAAAUUGGAUGUCACUUAUUGCCUUGCCAUUUUUUACCGAAAAUACUGGCUUUCAUGGCACGGUUUAUGCCACUGAUCCAACUCUUUAUAUUGGAAGGUUGAUUAUGGAAGAAUUGUUGGAAUUUUUUGAUCGUAUCAACCGCGAGCAUAAAGGUAACGAAUGGAAAGAAAUGGAUAUAUUCAAAACGUUUCCCAAUUUGCCAAGCAGCGAUCCUCGCGAAUGGAGACCUUUUUAUUCACGAGCAGAUAUGGAAAAUUCUCUUACAAGAGUCCAAAUGACAUCAUUUCGCGAGUCUGUUAAUAUUCAUGGGGUCGCUUCUGCUGCAGCAUAUUCCAGUGGUUAUUCAAUUGGCUCUUGCAACUGGAUUAUACACACUGAAUGUGAGAAGGUUCGGCAAGAAAGCUUGAAAGAUUCUUCUUCUACAUCUAACAGCUCUCACCAUUAUUGGUUAAGCUGGCUCCGCUGGUUACAAGAGCAAGACAUCUCCAAGCUGCUCGGUCCGACACCAUCGCUAGUAGUAAUAAAAGCCAUUCCUUUUUCCAUCAUCUAA